GUGGUAUCUAACGUCGUCGUUUUACCUUGGAGGUUUGGUUUUUUCAGCGCAACCUUAGAUUCCGAGGUGGGUUUGUGUUUGGAACAUUGAUAUUUCAUUCAUUCUCUCUCUUUUCUUCUCGCAAAUCGCAGUCGCAGCAAUGUCCGGUGAAUCUGCCAGCGCUAUUCAAAAGGGUCAAGUUGAUCUCUUAGACUUCAUAGACUGGUCUAGUGUUGAAUGCCUCAAUCAGAGUUCCACCCACUCUCUCCCCAAUGCUAUCAAACAGGGGUAUAGAGAAGAUGAUGGUUUGCAUCUGGAGAGUGAUGCUGAUGAGCAGCUUUUGCUCUAUAUUCCUUUCACUCAAGUCAUUAAACUCUCUGCCAUUCUUAUCAAAGGCCCUGAAGAAGAAGGCCCCAAGACUGUGAAGCUCUUUUCUAACAAGGAACACAUGGGAUUUAGUAAUGUCAAUGACUUUCCUCCAAGUGAUGUGGCAGAUUUGUCCCCAGAUAACCUCAAGGGGAAACCGGUACCUCUAAAGUAUGUCAAAUUCCAAAAUGUUCGUAGCUUGACAAUUUUUAUUGAGGAUAACCAGACAGGUUCUGAGAUCACAAAAGUUCAGAAGAUUACGCUGUAUGGUACAACAGUUGAAACAACUGACAUGAAGGGUUUGAAGAAAGUUGAGGAUCAUUGAGCCCCUGGAAAAAAUAUAUUCAAAUUUGCUCCAUAUUCACCCUUAGAAAUUUUGAUUGGAAAUGUGAUAUUCAACUUUACGCAUGAUGGUUUAUGACUUCCAAUGUCUAUCUCAUUUCAUAAUUCAUACAAGACUGACGCACGGUUUUUCUGUGUGGUUGUAACGACUUAUUUGAUAGGAGUUAAUGUUCAAGCUUUAUGGAUGUCUAUUGUGCGUCUAUUUAUUGUUAAAUCACGCAUAUCAAAUGUAAAAAGAAUUCACAAACUCAACAAUUCAGAAUUUGGGUGUUUGAUUUUCUGUUGAACUCAA